AUGUCUCAUCGGCCUCUCGACAUGAUCAAGCGGGAGCAGCGCGCUGCAGACCGCGCACCUCACCUGCGGACACGCAAGAACGGACCCAUGACGGACACCAUUGACUCGCUCGACAGCAUCGGCGGCGUUUAUCAUCAUGGCGGUCCCUAUGACGCCACUUUGGCUUCCCGCAACCGCAACAAGAUGUACGCCCCCGUUGAAGCCGUGAGGGAAUCCAACAUGGAGGCCCUGAGAGCGACGCCUCGCGAGUACAUUCAAGACUCUCUGGACAAGCAUGUCCCUCUACAAGGAACCGGUCUUAUUCCCGCAGGCUGUACUGAUAUGAGCGGGAACGUUAUGAACUACGAGGAAGGGGCUGAUUUGAUGCGCGAGCCUGACGCGAAGGGCGGUGCCUACAAGAGAUGGGAUGGGAUUCCUUACCAUCCUGAUGACCUCAAGGGAAAAGGAGAACCUUCCUACACUUACGAGAGAGACCUCAAGGAGAAGAAGCGAAUGCGCAAGGCAUCACUGGGCAACAACCCUGCGGAAUUCGAGAUGCGCUCUGGAGUCAACGCCCAUUCACGUCAGAAAAAUGGGGCGAUGAUUCGCCAGCGCAGCGUCAGCAAUGCCGCCGAUGGAAGACCCGGACCUUCUGAAUCUCGUAACGGGCAGUCGAACAGUGCCGACGUCAACCGCCACAACAGCACUGGCAAGCGUCUGAGCGAAGGUCUCAAGCGUCGCUUUGGAAGCAUCCGACGAAAGAGCAAUACGGCGGCUUAA